AUGGUACAACUCAACGGCGAGCAGAUCGUCUUUCAAAGCACGAACCCGACAUUCCACACGUACCUCGACGUACAAAAGCACGGCGCGCAGCCACUAUGUGGCAAUAGUGAAGGAUGGGGCCCUAUGAGCCCGUACAGAUGGGAUUUCACGCCAUGCUUUCUAGAUGUCUGGGUCGACAUUGUGUCAAUAUGGGGCAUCAUCGGUGGACUGGGGGCGAUAUACUAUCUGUUCAAAAGGUGCCAACCACAGCCUGUGAAGAAGGACUGGCAUUUCUGGACGAAGUUGGUGGUGCUGGGCCUGCUCGUGGUUGCCACCCUGCUGCAAGCGGCCUUGCAGAUUGAGCAGCUUGCUGGGAUCUGGUUGAAGGACUUCCGAUUCUGGAGCACCAUCAUCAAUUUGGUCAGCCUGGGCGUGAUCUUCUACAUCCAGUACAUCGAGCACUGGAGGUCGCGCAACUCGAACGGGGUCGUUCUCACCUACUGGCUCUCGUUAGUCAUCGUCUACGGCGUCAAACUCCGCUCGCUGGUGUCGCAGGAGCUUCACAAGCAGUUUUUGCCUUAUUUCGUCACUUUUGCGGUCAGUCUGGGCUUGUCUCUGAUCGAAUUUGCGCUGGAAUGGCUGGUGCCGAAACGCCUGUCCGCUUACGACGCUCUUGGAGACGAGGAUGAGUGUCCGAUUGAGUACGCAGACGUGUUCUCCAUCCUCACUUUCAGCUGGAUGACGCCGAUGAUGAGGUACGGGUACAAGGAGUAUCUUACACAAGACGACCUUUGGAACCUACGCAAGCGGGAUACCACUCGAGCCACGUCAGCUGUGUUUGAAGAAGCGUGGGAGCAGCAGCUCGAAAAGAAGAAGCCAAGUCUCUGGAUUGCCAUGGCUCAGUCUUUCAGCGGACCUUACCUCAGAGGAGCCAUCAUCAAGACCUUGUCCGACUGUCUCAGCUUCAUCCAGCCACAGCUUCUCCGCUACCUGAUCACUUUUGUGGACUCUUACCGCCCAGGAAACGAGCCGCAACCGCCAAUCAAGGGCGCAGCAAUCGCGUUGGCAAUGUUUGGCGUAUCCGUGGCGCAGACUGCAUGUCUUCACCAAUACUUCCAGCGCGCGUUCGAGACGGGAAUGCGGAUCAAGAGCUCCCUCACAGCCAUGGUCUACAAAAAGUCCAUGAGGCUGUCGAACGAGGGCAGGGCAUCGAAGAGCACCGGCGACAUCGUCAACUACAUGGCAGUCGACACGCAGAGAUUGCAGGAUCUUACGCAGUUUGGCCAGCAAUUGUGGAGUGCACCAUUCCAGAUCACCCUGUGCAUGCUUUCUCUGUAUCAGCUCGUCGGAAUCAGUAUGCUGGCGGGUGUUGGCGUGAUGAUUGCUAUGAUACCCAUCAAUGGCUUCAUCGCACGUAUCUCUAAGAGUCUUCAGAAACGACAGAUGAAGAACAAGGAUGCGCGUACCCGGCUCAUGACUGAGAUCUUGAACAACAUGAAAUCUAUCAAGCUAUACGCGUGGGGUCAGGCUUUCAUGAGCAAGCUCAAUUUCAUCAGAAACGACCAAGAGCUGCAUACGCUCCGCAAGAUUGGUGCAGUCACAGCCAUCGCCAAUUUUACCUGGUCCACUACACCAUUCUUUGUUUCCUGCUCGACUUUUGCAGUGUUCGUGGCCACCAACGACAAGCCGCUGUCAACAGAUAUUGUCUUCCCAGCUCUCACACUCUUCAACUUGCUCACCUUCCCUCUGGCUGUGCUCCCAAUGGUUAUCACAGCCAUCAUUGAGGCUUCCGUGGCUGUGGGUCGCUUGACGGACUACUUCACGGCCCCAGAGUUGCAACCAGACGCUGUUCUGCGUAGUGAAUCUGUUGCUCACGGCGAGGAGUCUGUGCGCAUCCGGAAUGCAUCCUUCACCUGGAACAAGGACGACAACCGAAACGUGCUGGAGGACAUCAACUUCAGCGUCCACCGUGGAGAGCUGUCGUGUAUCGUUGGUCGGGUUGGUGCUGGUAAAAGCUCCUUCUUGUCGACCAUGCUUGGAGAUCUGUACAAACUCAAAGGCGAGGUCGUCCUGCGCGGAGCUUCAGCAUAUGUUGCUCAGAGUCCUUGGGUGAUGAACGCUUCCGUACGCGAGAACAUCGUUUUCGGCCAUCGCUGGGAUCCGCAGUUCUACGAGCGGACUAUCAAGGCCUGCGCUUUGACAGAAGACUUUGCUGUCCUGCCAGACGGGGACCAGACUGAGGUUGGGGAGCGUGGAAUUAGUCUUUCCGGCGGCCAGAAAGCUCGUCUGACCCUCGCUCGAGCGGUAUACGCCAGAGCUGACAUCUAUCUUCUGGACGACAUCCUCAGCGCAGUGGAUCAGCAUGUCGGCAGACACAUCAUUGACAAUGUUUUGGGACCCAAUGGCCUACUCUCUGGAAAGACAAGGAUCUUGGCGACAAACUCCAUUCCAGUACUGAUGGAGGCACACUUCAUCACUCUGCUGCGAGACGGACGCAUCCUUGAGAAAGGAACAUACGAGCAGGUGACUGCAAUGAAGGGCGAGAUUGCCAACCUGAUCAAGACUGCUAGCACCGAUGAGCAGGAGAAUGGCGACAAAGAUUCCUCCAGCCCGUCUAGCGAAUCAGAGACGGUGUACGAGACUGAGCCCGCGGAAGACGAUGUUGACGAGACGGAUGAGGCCAACGAGACUGUUGGAUACCUCGAGCCAAUCAAGACUCAUCCGCCUGAAGGUCCCAUUCGGAAAGGCAGCCAUCUCACUCUUCGCAGAGCCAGCACAGUCUCCUUCCAUGGACCCAGAGGCAAGACCACCGACGAAGAAGACAACAAGGGUGUGCUCAAAUCGAAGCAAACGAAGGAGACGACCGAACAAGGUAGGGUGAAGAGAGACAUCUACGUUGAGUACGCAAAGGCAAGCAAUCUCGGGGCCGUAGCCGUGUACCUGGUUAUGCUGCUGGGAGCUCAGACAGCCCAAAUCGGUGGAUCUGUCUGGUUGAAGGACUGGUCGAGUAUUAACGAGAGACUCGGCGGCAACCCCAAUGUCGCAUACUACCUUGGCAUCUACUUUGCCUUCGGCGUCGGCUCCGCUGCCCUCGUUGUGGUCCAAACACUGAUACUGUGGAUCUUCUGCUCGAUCGAGGCCUCCCGCAAGCUACACGAGAGGAUGGCGUUUGCGAUCUUCCGAUCGCCAAUGGUCUUCUUCGAGACCACGCCAAGUGGGCGCAUUCUAAACCGCUUCUCGAGUGAUAUAUAUCGCAUCGACGAGGUGCUCGCCUAUGACAGCCGGACCUUCAACAUGCUCUUCACCAAUGCUAGCCGAGCCUUCUUCACGCUUGCUGUCAUUUCGGCGUCAACGCCAGUCUUUAUUGCAGUGAUCAUCCCCCUAGGCGCACUCUACCUAUGGAUCCAGAAGUACUACCUACGCACUUCCCGCGAACUCAAACGCCUCGACAGUGUCAGUCGCAGCCCAAUCUACGCGCACUUCCAGGAGUCACUCAGCGGGAUCAGCACGAUCAGAGCAUAUCGACAAGCGGAGCGUUUCGCCCUGGAGAAUGAAUGGCGAGUCGAUGCUAACUUGCGAGCCUACUUCCCAUCCAUCAACGCAAACCGAUGGCUUGCAGUUCGGUUGGAGUUCAUCGGCUCGGUCAUCAUCCUUGCAGCCGCCAGUUUUGCCAUCAUCUCUGUCUCAACAGGCAGUGGCCUGUCAGCUGGACUGGUUGGUCUGGCUAUGAGUUACGCGCUGCAGAUCACCCAGUCUCUCAAUUGGAUCGUUAGGCAGACCGUCGAAGUCGAGACCAACAUUGUCUCAGUCGAACGUGUACUGGAAUAUGCUCGGCUCCCAAGCGAAGCGCAGGAGGUCAUCUCGAAGCAUCGUCCGCCUGUUAGCUGGCCGCCGAAGGGUGCCGUGUCUUUCAACGGCUACAGCACGCGGUACCGGCCUGGGUUGGACCUUGUGCUGAAGAACAUCAACUUGAGCAUCAAGUCGCAUGAGAAGAUCGGAGUGGUCGGCCGGACUGGAGCGGGCAAGAGUUCGCUGACCCUUGCUCUAUUCCGGAUCAUCGAGCCAGCCCAGGGUGAUGUGAGCAUUGACGACCUCAGCACAAGCAGCAUUGGUUUGCUGGAUCUUCGCCGGAGGCUAGCGAUCAUUCCUCAGGACGCAGCGCUGUUUGAGGGUACUGUGCGGGACAACCUGGAUCCUGGACAUGUCCACGAUGAUACGGAGCUGUGGAGCGUCCUGGAUCAUGCUCGACUGCGUGAUUAUGUUGCAUCGCUGAACGGACAACUGGAUGCGGAGAUUCACGAAGCGGGCUCAAACCUCAGUCAAGGACAGCGGCAACUUGUGUCGUUGGCGCGAGCGUUGCUGACGCCGAGCAAUAUUCUGGUUCUGGACGAGGCCACGGCGGCAGUGGAUGUUGAGACCGAUGCAAUGUUACAGACUACGUUGCGCAGCAACAUGUUCAAGGAUCGUACUAUCAUUACGAUCGCACAUCGCAUCAACACCAUCCUGGACAGCGACCGCAUCGUCGUAUUGGAUCAUGGCGAGGUCAAGGAGUUCGACUCACCUUCGGAGCUCAUCAGCAAACGAGGGCUGUUCUAUGAACUCGUCCGCGAAGCCGGCUUACUGGGGGCAGUGGAAGGAGCGAGUCGAUAG